AUGAAUCAAGGCUGUUGGCAAUACUGCCACAUCAAUGGACCAUUCCCAUCGAAUAUGGUCCGGGCCGGUGUGGAUAGCGACGGCGAGGUGAUCUUCGUUGGCCGCGCAACGCACAAGGGCGAUAUGCUCCCGGCAAAGGUGAUUCCCACCAACAAUGCGGCCUACGUAUGUUACGGUGGCAAGGAGAUCCUGAAGGCAAACUUCGAAGUGCUGCGCUACGGUGCAUACGUGUGGGAGUAUGCAUCGAACGGUUACGUACCGGACACGGCCAUGCAGAUUGGCCAAACGAGUACCGGUGAAAGGCUGUACAUGGGGCGUGCCAUCUAUAAAGGUUCGCAAACCCCGGGGAAGGUGCACCCAUCGCAUCGUUGCUGUUACAUACCGUACGAUGGAGCGGAGGUUAGCGUGGCCGCAUAUGAAGUACUGUGCACUAAAUAG